GUCUCUCUCACCCUGUCCGCUCCAAAACCCAUAUUCCACUGGGAGAGAGAGAGAGAGGGAGAGAGAGAGAGGGAGUGAGAGAGUGAGCAGGACCUGGGAGAAGAAGAGCAACGAAAGAAAAAGAGGAGAGAGAAAAACGGAACAACAACGACACAAAUGGCACUCAUGGCAGGGAUUUUGUUCACCGCCACCUUUCUUGUUUUUGGGAUUUCUACAUUUGUUUCGCCAGCACGGAUAUACCCCCCGAAUGAAGUCACGUUAUUGGACUCCAGAUCCGUACAGGGGGAGCUGGGAUGGGUCGCCAAUCCGACAGAAGGAGGGUGGGAGGAAGUGAGUAUUAUGGAUGAAAAGAACAUUCCCAUCCGGACGUACCAGGUGUGUAACGUCAUGGAGCCAAACCAGAACAACUGGCUCCGCACAGACUGGAUCCCUCGAGGCGGGGCCCAGCGCGUCUACAUCGAGAUCAAGUUCACCCUGAGGGACUGCAACAGCCUCCCGGGGGUCAUGGGAACCUGCAAGGAAACCUUCAAUCUCUACUACUACGAGUCCAACAACGACAAGGAGCGCUACAUCCGCGAGAACCAGUUCGACAAAAUCGACACCAUCGCCGCCGACGAAAGCUUCACUCAGGUGGACAUCGGCGAUCGAAUCAUGAAGCUGAACACGGAGGUCCGAGACGUGGGCGCUUUGAGCCGGAAAGGCUUUUAUUUGGCCUUCCAGGAUGUGGGAGCGUGCAUUGCUUUGGUGUCCGUCAGGGUCUUCUACAAGAAGUGUCCCCUGGCGGUGCGUAACUUGGCCCAGUUUCCCGACACCAUCACUGGAGCCGAUACCUCGUCGCUUGUGGAAAUUCGUGGAUCGUGCGUGGAUAAUUCGGAGGAGAAGGAGGUUCCUAAGAUGUACUGCGGGGCCGACGGAGAGUGGCUGGUGCCCAUUGGGAAUUGCCUGUGUAACCCUGGUUACGAGGAGCGCAACGCAGAGUGCCAAGAGCGCCUCGGUGUGUUCGGCAGCUGCUUUGUGGAACACAUGCAGCAUUUUGCCCGAGCGGAGACGCAGUUGUCAGCUGGCCAGACGAGCGGAGGCCAAUUCUGCCACCGUGGUUUAUUGGUGUAG